CCUUGCAAAGGUUCAUUUGGUACGAUAGGAACAGAAAUCGAAUAACAAUGGUCAGCCGCCACAGCUUCCACAUCGUCGACUACGUGGUCUUCGGCGCCACCAUCCUCAUCUCACUGGGGAUAGGACUCUACUUUGCUCUGUCUGGUGGACGUCAGCGAACAACGUCCGAGUUUCUGGUCGGCGGCCGUGCGAUGAAGUUUCUCCCCGUCGCCGUGUCGCUUAUGGUGUCGUUUGAGUCGUCCAUCAUGAUGUUGGGCUAUCCAGCUGAAGUAUAUGUGUAUGGGGCGCAACUUUUUAUAGCUCUGUUCGGAUUUAUGGCGGCAUUUCUGAUCUGCAGGGUGUUGAUGAUACCACUGAUCCAUCCCCUGAAAAUCACCAGCGCUUACGAGUACUUGGAUGGGCGCUUUAAGUCACGCACGGUGCGUCAACUGGGAACCACCCUAGGCGCCCUGUCAUACAUAUUCUACAUGGGCGUGGUGUUAUUCGGACCAGCUAUAGCACUGGAGGCAGUGACGGGAUUUCCCCAAAUAGGCUCGAUCUUCCUGGUUGCAGCUGCCGCUAUUGUUUACACAGCCAUGGGUGGACUGAAAGCUGUUAUCUGGACUGACGUCUUCCAGGCUGUUGUGAUGUUUACAGGAAUGAUGGCAGUCAUCAUCAAGGGGACAGUUGAUGCAGGCGGAAUCAAGGCGGUCUGGACAACUGCAGCUAAAGGAGGACGGCUUAAUUUCUUUAAUUUUGACCCUGAUCCGACUGUUCGUCACACGUUCUGGGGGCUGCUUCUUGGAACAUUCGCUCGGUCGUCCGGCCUGGUCUUCAACCAGUCCACUAUACAGAGGGUCUGUUCAACGCCAACACUCGCUGCUGCCAAGAAAGUAAUGCUGAUAGUGAGUCCUGCAUUCUGGAUAACACUCACCCUGGCCAUGGUAGAGGGCAUAGUGGCCUAUGCUUACUAUGUGAACGUCAGAUGUGACCCUUUGGAGUCAGACCAAAUACACAACCCGAAUCAGAUCAUACCAUUUAUGGUAAUGGAUAUUUUCCGGGGUUUGCCUGGCAUGCCUGGACUCUUUCUGGCCGCUUUAUUCAGUGCAUCUCUCAGCACAAUUUCCUCUGGACUCUCCAGUCUGUCAGCGAUGACCUGGGAGGACAUUCUCAAACCACGCCUACCAAAUGUUUCCGACUUCACAGCAACGGUGAUUGCUAAAGUGUCAGUUGUUGUGUUCGGGCUUCUUUCCUGUGGAGUUGCCAUCCUAAUUUCCUUCAUUGGAGGAACACUCACGCAGAUUGCCACAUCGGUGUUAUCCGCGUUCAACGGUCCACUGUGUGGGCUGUUUAUCAUCGCAUCUCUGUGUCCAUGGGCUAACGCUAAAGGGGCUAUAGCGGCAACCGUUGUAAGUUCUGCGCUGAUGAUGUGGCUGUGUGCUGGAGCCACUUUCUCUGGAGCCACAAGACCGACCCCCUGGCUGGCUCCAGCUCCAACAGACCAAUGUUCUGUGGAUAACAUGACGUCACUGAUCAUGAAUACAACAGGACUCAUGACGUCAACAACAGGACUGUAUGACCUAACAACAGUUGGAGCUGUAGCCGAACCGGUAACGGGCAUCAGUGUCAUAUACACUCUAUCCUAUCUGUGGUUGGGCGCUCUUGGUAUAGCUAUCGUUCUGAUCGUGGCUUUCUUCGUUAGCUGGGCAACAGGUUUCAACAGAGAUGGGGACCUUGAUCCUCGCUAUGUCAUAUAUCUGUCUGACGUCGUUAGAAGCAUAUUUACCAGCGGGAAAAAGACCAACACGGAUGAGAAGCCUGUAACACAGGGAAAUAUAAAUAAUACUGUCAUUGGACUCGAACCCGGACCAACAGCCGAGACAGAACUACCACUCCUCACUACUACCAUCAACGACGGACUUAACCCCGAUAACAUCAAGCAAGCCAAUAAUUAG